CUCAACUCUACUUCUUCCCCCCCCUUUUAUAUCUUAUACCCUUCCCCUACUAGACACUCGUCACAGUCCAGAGGGAUGUUUACGGCUUCUGCAAGAAGCCGUCUCUCCACACUUUCACGGCCCCGUCUCUCCCCUACCAACUCUCUUCUUGCUAGAUCCGCUGUGAUAUAUAGGCACCCACCAUGGCUCCUCGGCGUAAGGCUUCGUCUGUCCCGGAAGGUUACGUAGAGGAUCUAUCCAAGGGCAAGAUGCUCCGUUUCGAAGAUUCCCUUCCCCGGUUGCCGGUCCCUACUCUCGAAGAAACCGCCCGCCGCUACCUGAAAUCGGUCCAUGCAGUGGUUUCUGAAACCGAAUACGAGCAAACUAAGAAGGCCGUGGAGGCCUUUGUUCGCCCUGGAGGCGAGGGUCAAGCUCUGCAGGAAAGACUGCUGGCCCGCGCUGCGGAGCCCAAGCACAAGAACUGGAUUACGGAAUGGUGGAAUCAUGCCGCAUACCUGGGUUAUCGCGACCCGGUGAUUCCCUACGUGUCUUACUUCUACUCGUACCGGGACGACCGCGCUCGCCGGAACCCUGCCAAACGUGCCGCGUCCGUCGUGACCGCGGCUCUCGAGUUCAAGCGCCAAGUGGAUGAUGGCUCCUUGGAGCCGGAAUACAUGCGCGGCCAGCCUAUCUCGAUGAGCUCGUAUGAAUACAUGUUCAACUGCUGCCGUAUCCCCGCCGACGGCGCGGAUUAUCCACAGAAGUUCCCCGCCAAGGAGAACGAGCACAUUGUGGUUGUGCGCAAAAACCAGUUCUUCAAGGUGCCUCUUGUCGUCAACGGCAAGCCGUUAAACGUGUCGGAGCUGGAGAAGCAGAUUGAGCGUAUUUACGAGGUCGCUCAGAAGGCCCCCGCUGUCGGUACUUUGACCGUGGCGAACCGUGAUCUCUGGACCGAUGCCCGGAAGAAGCUGCUUGCAGCACAUCCCGCCAACGAGCAGGCGCUGCGGGACAUUGAGUCUAGCGGCUUCGUCGUCUGCCUGGACGAUGCCAGCCCCGUCACGCUGGAGGAGCGGGCUCACCAGUACUGGCACGGCGAUGGUGCCAACCGCUGGUUCGAUAAGCCUCUGCAGUUCAUCAUCAAUGAAAAUGGCACCGCCGGUUUCAUGGGUGAGCACAGCAUGAUGGACGGCAGCCCGACCCACCGUCUGAACGACCAUUUGAACAACCUCAUCUUCAACAACAAAAUUGACCUCUCGGAGCAGCCUGUUCGCUCGGGCCUACCCGAUCCCCGCCCCAUUAACUUCCACCUGAACAACGAGGUCCUCGAGGCAAUCGACGCCGCCACCAAGGAGCACCGCCAGCAGAUUACCUCGCACGAGCUGAAGGUACAGGCCUACCAGGGCUACGGUAAGGGUCUCAUCAAGAAGUUCAAGUGCAGCCCGGAUGCAUAUGUGCAAAUGAUCAUCCAGCUAGCCUACUAUAAGAUGUAUGGCAAGAACCGCCCCACCUACGAAUCCGCCUCGACCCGUAAGUUCCAGGAAGGCCGCACAGAGACCAUCCGUUCUGUAUCGGACGACAGCGUGGCGUUCUGCAAAGCGCAGGGUGAUCCCUCCGUGCCCCGGGAGGAAGUUGUGCGCCUCUUCCGCACCGCACUGGCCUCCCACAGCAAGUACACUGCGGAGGCCAGUGACGGCCGCGGUGUCGACCGCCACCUGUUUGGUUUGAAGAAGCUGCUGCGCGAGGGUGAGAAGCUGCCAGCCUUGUACAAGGACCCGGCUUUCGCCUACAGCAGCUCGUGGUACCUGUCGACCAGCCAGCUGAGCUCUGAGUUCUUUAACGGAUACGGAUGGAGUCAGGUGAUCGACGAUGGAUUCGGUAUUGCUUACAUGAUCAAUGAGAACAGCCUCAACUUCAACAUCGUCUGCAAGCGCAUCGGUGCCGAGCGUAUGAGCUACUUCCUGAACGAGGCCGCUACGGACUUGCGGGAUCUGCUGAUGCCCGACCUAGUCGCCCAGAGCGAGAAGGCCAAGCUUUAAAAGCCGCAUGUAGAAUAUAAUAGAUAUGUAAAUGACACAGCCAUAGAUUGGUUUUCUCCUGUUGCAAUGAUCCCCAUGUUCGCCUACCACUUGUGU